UUGAAAUUCCUAAAAAUACCUUAUUUAACUGAAAAAAAUCCAUUAAUAAUGCAUCUAAUCCUUAAGCUGGGGAAUGGUAAAACCACCCUUAACGUGUCAUUUCGAGCCUAAGGAAACUUGAAAAUGCCAGUUUAGACAACAUGUCAUAUUACCCAACGUUCAGAGACGGCAAACGGACCAUCGACUUUAUCCUCGUUUAUAAAAUAUCCGCGCUGGUAACGCACAAUGCCGCAAUCCGGCAUAGAGCCUUUAUUCUGGCCCUACAAACCCUUGGACUGGAAAUGGAAUACGAAAGCUUUUCGGUUGAUGUAGAUAUAAUGUUCAUUAAACUGUACCUGCCUGAUGACUUCGCCCACUCCUACGCAGGUCUUUUCGAUAUAGAACUGGCCUGUACCAGUUUCCAGUUCAGGCCUUACAUGGUUCCUCCCCCAGCAGCCUUUUCCUCGCCACUCACUCGUCCAAAUGUAAACGACCCCAUUUACACCAGAGCACCCCAAUCCAUUAGUGGGGCGAUUCCUAAAAAUAUCACAUCUGCUGAGCGAAUCAUGGUGGUCAACCAGAUCCUAAACAGGGUCAUUUGGGGCGAAGAACGCAGCGAAUAUGGCGUAACUAAACUGAUCAAAGCCAAGGUGAUUUUGGACGCUUUUCCUUUGCAUGAUGGGCAUUUUAAGUGGACAGUAUCAGGCCCGCUAAACGAUCGCCAGCUUUUGGCCCUUUAUUGGGGCUCGUUUCGCAGCUGGAGGAAAGCGCAGCCCAUCAACCUGGUGGAAAAAUACUUCGGAACUGAAUACGCGCUUUACUUUGCCUGGCUCGGCUUCUACAUCAAGCAACUCGUCCCUGCCGCAAUCCUGUCCGUUUUCGUAUUGGUCUAUGGAUUAGUUACCAUGUUCACCAAGUUGAACAGGCACACUCAGGACAUUUGCCAAAGCCGAGUGGUCAUGUGUCCAAGAUGCCACUUUGCCGAUUGUCCGAUGGAGCUGCUGAGCAACUCUUGCUACUUGGCGAAUGUGUCCUAUGUCUUCGACAAUUGGUGCGCCGUAAUUUACUCGGGAAUUAUGACUUUGUGGGGUGAGUGUCCAUAUGGUGAUGGCUAUCGAUCAACUGUCUCAACACCCAGCCACGAUCUUCAUGGAACUCUGGCAACGAGAGGAGGCAGUUCUUCAGCUGCAAUGGAACCUGGCGGCGACCAAAGACGCCAUGACCACCAGGCCGGAGUAUUUAGAAGCGGCCACAAAGAAGAGGUACAGUCCCAUAACGGACACGAUGCAGCCCUACAUCCCAGUAGCACAGACCGCCUGCAGAUACACCCUCACGUUGGCCUCAGUCUCAGUUCUGCUAAUAAUCAUGAUUUUAGUAACGUUUGGCGUGAUGGUUUAUCGGGUAUCAGUGAACGUGGUGCUCAUCAAGUCCAAAUCCAUUCCGCUCAUCAGGAACAAAUACCGAAGCUUAAUAGCGUCGAUAACUGGCGCGAUGUUAUCGGGGGUGUUCAUAUUCAUUUUCAAGUGGGUGAGUUUCAGCUACCUUCUGGGUCUUCGGCAUGCCAGAUAGGCUCUUUGCAGUUCUACGAGCAAAUCGCCUUGAUGCUGACCAACUUGGAGAACCACAGAAGCCAACAAUCCUACACCAAUUCGUUCAUAUUCAAAAGCUACGCCCUGGCGUUUGCCAACAACUACGCGGCCGUUUUCUACAUUGCCUUCUUCAAGGGCAAGUUUUUCACAUACCCCGGCGACCUGGCGGUUUUUUCCCACUUGGGCGGCAUCAAUACAGAUGUGUGCGAUCCCACCGGCUGUAUAGUUGACCUGGCCAUUCUCCUUAUCACUAUAAUGGUGAUUAAGGCAUUCAUAAGCAACAUCACGCAAGUUUUAGUACCAAAACUACGAAAAGUUUUCAACCAGACCAUAAACCGAGUAAGAAGUCAGGACAAUAUCCCUCAGUGGGAGGAUGAGUAUUUACUGGCCAAGUCCGAGGAGUUCUUCAUUGUGGGAGAGUAUAUGGAUAUGGUGAUUCAGUAUGGAUUUGUGAAUUUCUUCAUAAUGGGCUUUCCGCUAGCUCCCCUUUUAGCGCUGAUUAACAACGUGGCCGAACUGAGAGUGGAUGCAUCCAAAGUAGUUAAAAGCUACAGGCGCCCCAUUCCCACGAAAGUCGCCAGUUUAGGGGCUUGGUUUGGAAUUCUGCAAGCAACGACCUACAUCGGGGUUGUUACCAAUGCUUUAGUUAUAGCGUUUACAAGCACUUUCAUGGAGAAGGUGAUAUGGGAGACCAUGGCAGGACACUCAUCUGAGUACAGUUACCUGAACGAAUCCCUUUCAGUUUUCGCCAUGAACGAUUUCGAGAUUUUCGACGGUUCAAUCGACGACAAGCUAAAACUAACUAAAGUGUGCUACUAUGAAGGUAAACGCUAUCCCCCCAACCAUCCCUUGAAAUAUAAAAGACGGAAAGACUACUGGUUGCACUUAGCCAUCAAGUUUGCAGCGGUGGUGAUUUUUGAGCACGUUCUGGUAGUGAUCAAGGGAUUGGUCGCCUAUGCAAUACCGGAUGUUCCCUUCUCAGUCAGGCAGCAAAUUGCCCAUCAAGAGAAAAUGUUCAAAAGAGACAGGAUUAUUGAACAGAGUAAAAAAUUCUUGAAGGACCGAGAAAAGUAUGUUUCAAUCAAAUAAACAUAAAACAGGAA